AUGGAUUUCCUCCACAAGCUUGGACACGAUGUCAAGGAGGCUCUUGGUGGUGGUUCGAGCGAGCCUGAGCGCCGUGAUGACGAACAGCAACAAGAAGAGUUCCGGCCUCAGCAGCAGGAGGAACGUCCUCCCUCUCGGCCCCCAUCCAGCCACAGCAACCACGACGACAAGCCUGCGGAGCCGCCCGUGAACACCAACCGAUACCAGUCCUUUGCCGCCCCGUCUUCCGGCAAUGUCAAGUGGCACGUGGACGGUGCCAGCUAUUUCUGGGCCGUCUCAACCGCCCUGGAACAGGCCAGAGAGAGCAUCUAUAUUCUUGAUUGGUGGUUGAGCCCAGAGCUCUACCUCCGCCGCCCUCCUGCCCGCAAUGAGCAGUACCGUAUCGAUAACAUGCUCAAGGCGGCCGCCGAGCGUGGUGUCCAAGUCAACAUUAUUGUCUACAAGGAGGUCACGCAGGCCCUGACUUUGAACUCCAAGCACACAAAGUCGCACCUGGAAGAGUUGCACCCCAACAUCAAGGUGUUCAGACACCCUGACCAUGGCCUCGAUAUGGACGGUGCCAAGGCAGACCUGGAGGCUGUCUUCCAGAGCUUGUCAAUGGGAUCACUGAAUGCCUUCAAACUUUCGCAUGCGCCCCAGGAUGCCGUCAAGUCCCUAUAUGGUUCUGCCGGCGAGGUAGUUCUUUACUGGGCCCACCACGAGAAACUCUGCGUCGUCGACCGCAAACUUGUUUUCAUGGGAGGUCUUGACAUGUGUUUCGGUCGGUGGGACACCAACAGUCACCCUAUCGCGGACGCACACCCCGGCAACCUCGAUGCCAUUGUCUUCCCCGGACAAGACUACAACAACGCUCGCAUUUUCGAUUUUGAGGGCGUUGACAACUGGAACCACAACCAACUUGAUCGAACCAAGAGCUCACGAAUGGGUUGGUCGGAUAUUUCCAUCUCUCUCAAUGGUCCCAUUACAAACAGCUUGUUGGACCACUUUGUUGACAGAUGGAACUUCAUCUGGGAGCAGAAGUACAAGGACAAGGAUCCCGGCAAGUACGAAAAGCUUGAAUUCAACAGUGGUAGCACAAGGGCCUCGGCCAGUCUGAGCGGAGACUUUGAGGGUCGCCUCGCACCACGAGUCCAGAGACAUGAACAGCAGGAGGGUGCCUCCAUCCAGCUGUGCAGAAGUGCCUGCGACUGGUCCGCUGGCCAUCCAACUGAGCACUCUAUUCAAAAUGCAUACAUCGAUGCCAUUGGCAACGCACAGCACUUUGUCUACAUCGAGAACCAGUUCUUCAUUACAGCCACUUGCGAUGAGCAAGAUCCGGUCAAGAACAGGAUUGGUGGCGCCAUCGUGGAUCGUAUCCUGCGCGCACACAAUGCCGGAGACAAUUUCCGUGUCAUCGUAUUGAUGCCUGCAGUUCCUGCAUUUGCUGGAGAUCUGCACUCGGACGGUGCUCUCGGCACUCGUGCCAUUAUGGAGUUCCAAUACAACUCGAUCAACCGUGGUGGCCACAGUAUCAUGGAAACGCUCCAACAGCGUGGUGUCGAGGACCCCAGACGCUACAUUACUUUCUACAACCUCCGCAACUACGACCGUAUCAACAACUCGGAGACGCUCGGUCGUGCCGAGGAGAGAAGUGGUGUUCCCUACGAGCAGGCUCGCCGCGACUACGACGACAAGGUCGGCGUCGGUAACUACCCGUACGGUGAGGAGAACGAGGACCGCGAGCGCUAUGGCCGGGACGAGGGCGGUGAAUCUCGCUUUGGCGGUGGCUACGGUAACUCCGAGUACGAAGAUGGAGGUGAGGAGCGCAGAGAGCGCCGUGGCGACGACUAUGAGCGCUAUCAAGAGGCAGCCAGAGUCACCAGCGAUGAUACCAAGGACUCGGUUUGCGCAGCUUACAUGGAGGGUGGCGCUUUGCAGAUGGUUGGAUGGGAGGGAGCCCCUGAGGCUGAGCUUGAUGCCUUCGUUUCGGAAGAGCUUUACAUCCACAGCAAGGUGCUUAUUGCCGAUGACAAGGUUGUCAUCUGCGGCUCUGCAAACUUGAACGACCGCUCGCAACUGGGAACACACGACUCUGAGAUUGCUGUCGUCAUUGAGGACCCGGAGCCCAUUGAGUCGACCAUGAACGGCGAGCCUUUCACAGCUUCCAAGUUUGCAGCCUCGCUUCGUCGCCAGCUGUUCCGCAAGCACUUGGGUCUCCUCCCCCACCAGCCUGUCGACCGCCCCGACAACAACUGGGUCGCUAUCGACCAGGAGCCUUUGGACUACGACUGGGGCUCAAGCGCUGAUCAGUUGGUGGAAGACCCUAUGAGCUCCGAGUUCUGGGAUCUCUGGACCGGCACUGCCCGUACCAACACUGAAGUCUUCAACAAGGCGUUCCACCCCGUGCCCAGCGACUUGGUCCGCAGCUGGGACGACUACAAGGAGGUCUUUAGCAAGCACUUCCUCAUCCCUGGUGUUGAGUACAAGGACGACGAAAAGGAGGGCAAGGUUGAGUACGGACACAUUGUCCGCGAGGAGUUCCCUGGUGGCGUCCAGGAGGUCAAGGAGUGGCUGGGCAGAGUGAGGGGUACCCUCGUAGAGAUGCCACUGGAUUUCUUGAUUGAUGUCAAGGAUAUGGCCAAGGAAGGCAUGAGCUUGAACUCCUUCACAGAAGAUAUUUACACUUAG